AUGCCUUCUGCCACUUCAUCACGGCCCUCGAGGAGGAGCAAGCCGGCCGUUUUGCCAGGCAUUGCAAGAGAGGACUCCGACGACGAGCUGGGCGUUGAUGAUCACCCCUGGGAAUGGAUCUACGCCGACAGCCGAGAAGACUCGCCGGUCGGAGGGUCUUCCCGCAAGAGAAAGCGUGCACUGGAGGACGAAGAGGCGCAGAUCGUCGGUGCAAGGAUGGGCUCGUUCGCGUGUCGGCUGGGUGAUAUUGUCCUCCUAAAAGCAGAGACGUCUGGUGAAGCCUGGAUCGCUAUCAUACGCGAAUUCUUAGAGGAUGAUGAUGGGGAGAUGGCUGCCAACUUCUUGUGGUUCUCGUCCGAGAAGGAGAUACGGAACAAACACAAGAAGAGGAUGGAUUUCCUCUGGAAUGAGUUAUACAUAACUCCAACCUCGGACUUGAACCCCCUGGCAGCUAUCAAUGGGAGGGCGAAGGUCGUUUCACUGGAAGCGUUCCAAAAACUCUAUCCCAACGGGAAGGUACCAAGGAGCUCGAAAGACCAUGGCAAAAUCUUUGUUUGUCGCAGAGGUUGUAACACAAGAACGGCCACAUACACUGAUGAGUUUGUAUGGGAAGACGUCUAUCACGGAUUCGACGACAUCCACGAGCUGGAAGACUUGGUUGAAGGUGGAACGAAGCCGACGAGGAAACGGAAAGCAGCGAGACAAGCAACUCCGGACGCCCUUUACGAUGCUGUUGAGGAAGGUGGCGAGGAGGAAAGGGGCCAGAAGCGAACGCCGCGGAAGCCGUCCAGCCACCUUGGCACGCCGAAGAAACCACGCUCUGCGGGCAAGCCAGUGACACCCUCGUCUCACAGAAAGAUAGUGUUGAAGAAGCACCUCGAGUUCACGCCCUUGGCGACCCGCAUCCUCUCACCAAGCCACCAUCAAUCCUCUCCGUUCCAAUUGGCCCGAGCCAACCUUCAUGUUGCGUCCGUGCCAACCAGCCUCCCGUGUCGAGAGGCAGAAUUCAGUCUUGUCUACUCUCACCUCGAGGCUGCUAUCACAGAUGGCAUGGGAACCUGCAUUUACAUCUCUGGAACUCCUGGUACAGGAAAGACUGCAACCGUGAGGGAAGUGGUUUCCCGGCUAGACGAGUCCGUGAGAUCGGACGAGCUGGACGAUUUCAUCUUCGUCGAGAUCAACGGCAUGAAGAUCACGGAUCCGCACCAGGCAUACUCGCUCCUGUGGGAGGCGCUUAAGGGGCAACGAGUCAGCCCGGCGCAGGCUCUGGAUCUUUUGGAAAGAGAAUUCAGCCACCCUAGCCCACGUCGCGUGCCAUGUGUGGUACUCAUGGAUGAGUUGGACCAGCUGGUCACGAAGAACCAGGGAGUCAUGUACAACUUCUUCAACUGGCCUGGACUGAGACACAGCCGGCUGAUUGUGUUGGCUGUGGCGAACACUAUGGAUCUGCCUGAGCGCACGUUGAGCAACAAAAUCAGCAGUCGCUUGGGAUUAACGCGAAUCACCUUCCCCGGAUACAACCACGAGCAACUCAUGAAAAUCGUGCAGUCCAGACUCGAAGGCGUCCCCGGAAACAUUGUCGAGCCAGACGCCAUUCAGUUCGCAAGCCGCAAGGUCGCGGCCGUCAGCGGAGAUGCCAGACGGGCGCUUGAUAUUUGCAGAAGAGCGGUGGAGUUGGCAGAGGUGGAGGCUAAAACAGCAGACUCAAUAUCGGAGCCCUCGACGCCGAGCAAGAGGCAGAGGGAGAAGGAGGCGAAGGGCGAGGCCCCAAGCAAAAAAAAGAAUCUCGGGAGGGUCACUAUUGACACGGUACGGCGAGCAAUCAACGAGGCGACGAGCAGCCCACUACAACAGUACCUGCGUACUCUGCCUUUUGCGUCAAGGCUAUUGCUGUCCGCGCUCCUGGCGAGGACGCAGCGAACUGGCCUCGCAGAGAGCACAUACGGAGACGUGCUCGAGGAGAUGCAGCGGUCGCUGAAGCUUGCUCCUGACAGUCGCCAGUUGCAGCUACUAGAAAGAAAAGCACGACCAGCCAGUGGCAAUUCGUGGGAGAAUAGAGCACGCCAUGAUGCAAAGGGUGUUCGCCUUGCGGGCCUAGGGGCUGCUGCCGUCGAUCUCACAGGGGCGGGAAUCAUCAAUCUCGAGGCACAAAAAGCCGAGCGGCCGAGCAAGAUCCGCCUCGCAGUUGGGGACGAGGAGGUCCGGCUGGCGUUCCGAGACGAUCCUGAGAUAAAGGCGCUGAGCCUCAUCAUGUAG